UUUUCUUAAAUUCAAUUGUCCGACCGAGGAAUCUCUUCCCCGCCGUAAAAUCGCUUCCUCCCUGACCACCAAGACUCCGUCUUCUUCCGAAUCCGAAGACGAUUCUGGCCAUUGUAGGGUCUUUUUCCUUCCAACUUUUCUCGCGGGUUUUCGAUGAAGCGGAAGCUGAAGACGCCGGAAGGAAGCUCAAAGAAGACGAAGAAGAAGAAGGUCCUUGAGAUUGACGAAGAGAGUCCAUGGGGGAAUCUGGAGUUGAUUCUCUCUCUUCAGGACAGGGAAUUGGCUGUCGAAAAGAAGGUGGAUUUGGCAUUCGGUUUUGUGAAAGAACAGGUGGGAGAAAGGAGUAAUUACAAGGAUGAAGAAUGCGAGGCAGUUUCGAUGUCACGGCUGAUAGUUUUUGUUAGUGAUUGGAUCCAAUCACUGCUAAUUUCUUCAGGAAAAAAGUCCAAAGCUGACGGUGAUAUUGAUAUUGACCCAUGUUUGGACGUAAGAUGCUGGGAGAUUUUCAAGUUCUGCUUGAGGCAGUCACCGGUUUUGCACGUCUCGUUGAAUGUUUCAAAAAAUCUUCUAAAGGCUAUUGGUUAUGUCGCCAAAAACCUUUUAUCUUUACUAAAUAUGUCCGCGGCCUCCGAAGAAAUUUUUACUGGUCAAGGGUUUGAAGUUUAUAGUUCAGUGGUUGCUUGUAUAGGCUUGUUGUUUUCAUCUAAAAGCGGUCUUUUGAAUGACAAUUUAGACUUAUGGUUUUCAACUGUGGAACCAGUUCUGAAGCUCACGCAUAAAGUUCUUGCAGAAAAUAUCGAGGAUGGUCUUGCUGGUGCAUUUGUUCUCCAAUUCUCUUGCUUCGUUCUUGAGCCAUUUUCUGAGUUUUUGAGGGUUCAUCCAACUAAGAAGAAUGGGUUCCGUGAUUUUCUGGACAAGCUGUUGGAGCCCCUCUUGGAUGUAUUGGGUUUAUUGCAUCUCCAAAUUGAUGGCAACAAAAUUACUUCCGAGUCUGGAGUAACUUUGCUGAAGUUUAUUCAUGAAAUUUUAUCUCAUGGUUUGUUUCAUUCUGCUCAUAUUGAUGGGUUUUUAGGCUUACGUGGGACUGAAAAGUACGCGCCAUCUGAGGAUGGGAAAUCUAAUGAGAAGAAAACAGUUCUUAUAAGUUAUCAUCGGUAUUUAUUUGCCAAGUUGGAGAGCAUUUUAGCUAUGAAAAAAGAUUUGGCACUGAGUUGUGUAGGGGAUUUGUUCAGCUUGUUUGUCAACCGAGUGACAACACAGCUAAGGGCUUCCAAUCAGUUGGAGGAAGGCAGGAUUACAGCAAGAACUAUGGUUUCAACUAGAAAUCAAACAGAAGAAGAGCCACCAAACCGGAUGCAUAAUGACAGAUUCGGAAAUGAUAUUGAACCCUCUCAUUUAUUGAGUUCCCUCAGUGCAGAGACACGGAAAUCCAUUUUUGAUUUCUUCCUACAUCUUAUGGAGCCUGCAGUGCUUGAGAUGGAUAAUUACAUUGAGUCUGGCUCAGAAAUGGCAGAUGAUAUCUAUUGUGUACUUAAGUCUUCCAACAUUUUGCUGUCCAGCCUUGCUCGUGAAAGAAUAUAUGUGAGAACAGAGGAUGCAUCCAAAGGAGCUUGCCUUUGCUUCCUGAAAAAGAUCUUUACGACAUUAGUUUCAAUUGCUUCCCAAUUAUUGGAGGGUUAUACCAAUGUUGGACAGUCACAGGUGUUUGUUUCAUCAGCCAAGGAGCUGAUAACUGCAAUAGGCCACUUGUUGGAAAUUGAGUAUGAGGUCAUUGAGAAUGAUUUAGUUAGUCUGUGGCUAAUUAUUCUCUUGUUUUUGGAGAUUAGUUCGUCACCAGAGAAUUCAGAUAAUGGAUGCCUUUUGACCUCGCAGACAGUUGCCCUUGGAUGCCAACUGAUUAACUUAUUUAGUGAUCUUCGCCAGGUAAAUAGUGUUGUAUAUGCACUAUGCAAGGCUGUAAGGCUUAUGUCGUCCCGUGAUGGUUAUGAUGGAGAAAUGAUCAACACAAAAUUUAUUCCACCAUCAAAUUUGGUUCUUUUCAAAAACGGUGCAAAAUUAGUGAAAAGGCUCUUCUCAUCUCAAGAUUUUAGACUUGCUAUCCACAAAGCUAUUAAGUUGAUAUCCGAAGGCCAAGCAAGUGGUUGUAUAAAGAGCUUGACAACGGAUAUGUCAGAAACGACUGAAUGGAUCAAAGUCAGUUGCACAAAAACUGCUAGAGAAGAAGCUGUAUUGGCUGUUGAACUCUUGGCAGGAGCUUUGUCUGAGAUAUAUUCCCUUAUUCUUGACUCACUAACUAUCACUGCAGGGAAUAGUAUUCUUGUUGGACUGUCCAUAAAUAAUCUGAUGGAUGUCAUCCGUCCUCACUUAAGCUGCCUGGUUUCUUCAGACCUAGAUUGCAUCGAAAAAUUCCUUUGUGCCAUUACAGGGAAACGUUUGGACACUUUGAUAGCUGAAAAGAAACGAAAGAUUAAUGUAAAGGCGGCCCGGUUAUAUAUAUUCUUCUUCAUCCGUAUUUACAUGUCCUGUAGAAACUUAUAUAGGCAGGUGAUCAGUCUUAUGCCUCCAAAAAAUUCAAAAGAGAUGGCUAAAAUUAUGGGAGACUCAGUUACAGCAUGCUGUGGAAAUGAUUGGGUGAAAAGGAUGGGUUGGAAUGAUGAAGGUUACUUUUCGUGGAUUUGCCAACCUUCAGCUUCAGUUCUUGACACAAUCAAACUAAUCUCAGAUGUUUAUCUUAAGGAUGACAAUGCAGAUUGCUGCUUGCUGAUAUAUACACUGCAUGGUCUGGCUCUUCAAAGACUUGUUGAUUUGAAUAGACUUGUGAGAUCGCUGGUUUAUGUGUUACAGACGAGUGAUAAUCAGAUGCAGGAUAAAAUGCUGGAUGAAGCUGAAAUCUCACGUUUGAGAAAAAAGAGUAAAAAAUUGACCAAACGUCUUUCAGUUCUCAAGCGUGAAGGAGAAGACCUUGUUGACUACCUGCUGAGUUUCAUCGCAUCAGACUUUGACAGUGAAGAAAUUGCCAGAGCAAUAGACAAAACUGACCCGUGGGGUGUCAGGAUUUCUGUCAUUGAUAAGAAAUCACUGCCUUCUGUACUUUGGUGGAUCCUCAGUCAACACAUAGAUGUUUGGUGCUCACAUGCUGUAAAAAGGAAGUUGAAGGAUUUCUUGUCAUGGAUAAUCCAUGCUUCCAUUCCUUCCAUGUUGAAGAUAGAGAAUAUGGGUGCUGUGGUUGAGAGUGAUGUUCAUGAAGACACUCGGAAGAAGAAAAUAGGGGUGCAACAUAUCUCUUUAGAACUUAUUCAUGAUUCUGCUCUAUAUGAACUUGAAUUUGUUCGCAGAUAUUUGGGAUCAAGUUUUUCUCGCAUAUUGGAGAAUACGGCACUAGAACUUUUCAAGGAAGUUGCAAAACAAGAAAGAAACUGUAAUUCAUCACCAGAAUGGGCUGAGGUUUUAGUCUUGCUUGAAAGUUUAGUUGCUAGUUUAUCUGGUGAGCCACAAUCAGAAACUCGGGUGGAAGAAAAUGCAUCACAGUUAAACUGCAUGAAGUUCACAGCAUGUCGGAAUUUGCUGAAUCUUUUUUGCCGGAUUCCCAGAGAAUAUAUGACAAAAAAAUCACUCCAACAGUGCACCAGUCACAUUCUCUACAUUGAGAGGUCUAUAGUGUUUGGUAUGUUGAGAUGCCAACACAAACUCUCUCCUGGUGACGAGCAAAUUCUUUUCAGCCUGUUUAUCACUUGCAGGAGAACAUUGAAAAGUAUUUUCAUGACAUCUUGUGGCAAGAUGGUGGCAGCGACCAAGUUGCCUUGGUCUGAUGGUUCGUUAUUAGCCUUGUGGCUUUUGAAAUCUGUCCAGGCUGCAGUAACAUAUCAAGGAACGUUUACUAAAGAGUUUACGAGCAGAACAAGGGACUGCAUUGUUUCUUUGAUGGAUCACACAUCCUAUAUAUUCUUAACAUUAAGCAAAUAUCAGUUCAGCAAGGCAAUGCCUCUGUUUAUAGCUCCCAAGAAUAUGUCUGGUGAACAACCUGCUUCACAAGAACCGUUUGAGGAGGAGAAGGGUAUGAACGUAUUUGAUGAUCACCAUCUGGAUGACUCUGCAACAUGCGAGGACAGUAGACAGGUGAUUCUUCUUCUAGAGAGUUUGACAAAGCAGGCUGAAAGUCUAUUUAUUUCUUUCAAGGAUGAACUCAGAGAUGGAAAACCAGUAUUUGAAUGUGAGACUCUGACACUUAACAAGAUAGCUUCUGUUUUUGGCUGCUUUGGUGGAUUGUUGUGGGGACUAGCAUCUGCUGCAAGUGAAAAAGAUAUGCAGAAAAGUCAUCAGAAAACAAAAUUGAAAUGGAAAUUGGAACCUCUCUCCAAGCUUUCCUGUAGUAUCAAUGUGCUCAGUAAUUUUAUUCAGUUUUUUAUGCACUAUUUGUUUCAAAAUGGUGGUUUGAAGCCAGAAAUUCAAACUGAUGCUGACUGGGGCCAGUUGAUAGCCAAUGGAAAGGAUUCAAAUAGUCUUGUAGAAAUCAACCUAGAGGUGACUGAAGAUGUGAAAAAGCGUGUUCUUGAGAGCUUAAUAAAGGACGAUUCUUCCGAGGCAGCAUUAGUUCUCAGGCAGCUAUUAAUUACCUCUGCUGCUGUUUUAAGGCUUAAUAUGCAUGUAGAUGGCAUUGCCCUGUCACCUAAUUUAGUCUCUGUUCUCACGGGCGUUUCUUAUGUUCUAUUAUCCAGCUUAGCAGACGUGACAGGGGCACCGAAAGAGUUCUCGUUCAUUUGGUUGGAUGGUGCACUGAAAUUUCUAGAAGAACUCGGGAAUUAUUUCUCUUCAUCCAACCCUGCAUUGGACAGAGAUCUGUACUCAAAGAUGAUCGAGUUGCACCUAAAGGUGAUUGGCAAAUGCAUAUCUUUGCAAGGAAAAGAGGCUACCUUGGCAUCACAUGAGACAGGGUUUGGUACUAAUGUUGUCCAUGCUAAGAAAGUUUCAUCAGAAGACAACCUAUCUAAUACUUUGCAUUGGCUGGAUGAGUUUAAGGAGAGGUUGAGGAUGUCAUUCAAAGCGUUCAUACAGAAUUCCUCGGAGUUUCACUUCUUGGCUGGAAUACAAGCUAUAGAGAGGGCACUGAUCGGAGUAUGGGAAGUAUGCCCAGCUAUCUAUAAAAUACAGACAGGAAAUAGAGAUGGUGGUAAGAUCUCCUCAACAGCUGCUGCUGCUAUUGACUGUCUGGAUCUAAUUCUUGAGCAUGCUUCAGGUCGCAAACGUGUGAACGUGGUGAAAAGGCAUAUUCAGAGUUUCGUUUCUGCAACUCUUAGUAUCAUCGUUCACUUGCGGAGUCCAUUUAUUUUCUUUUCAAAGCCAGUCUGCAGUCAUGGUCUUCAUUAUCCAGAUCCCGGGUCAGUCAUACUCAUGUGUGUCGAAGUCCUGACAAGAAUCUCAGGAAAACACGCGCUUUUUCAGAUGGAGGCCUGGCAUGUAAGCCAAACCAUACAUAUGCCAGGAGCACUUCUUCUGGAUUUUCUUCAGGUGACCAGCUCGGGACUUCCAGUUUCGAAUGGAAAUUUAUUAUCCCGAUGUGACCAUCGACAAAAUCGGAUUCAGAGCUUGAAUAACCUUCACAUGGACCGAGAAUUCUCGAUAAGUUUGUAUGCCGCAUCCUGCAGGUUAUUAUAUACCCUUGUGAAGCAUCAUAAGAGCCAAACAGAGGGAUGCAUUGCCACACUUCAACAGUCGGUAUCUGCGCUCCUUCAUUGUUUGGAGAAAGCCAGAGAUGAAUCCGGUAAUCAUCUCUCGUUGAAAGUCGAAGAGGGAAUUCGAUGUGCUUGUUUUCUUCGAAGGAUCUAUGAAGAGCUGAGACAGCAGAAAGAAGUCUUCAAACAACACUGUUUCAAGUUCUUGUCGACUUACAUAUGGGUUUCUUCGGGAAAUGGUCCCCUUAAAACGGGUAUCAGAAGGGAGGUAGAUGAAGCUUUGAGACCCGGUGUUUAUGCUCUUAUAGACUGUUGUGAACCGAAUGAUCUCCAGUAUCUGCACACCGUAUUCCACGAAGGGCCUUGUAGAAACACACUGGCAGCUCUGCAACAAGAGUACAAGUUGAAUUUCAAGUAUGAAGGAAAAGUAUGAGUAACAACAAGCAUUGGCACUUGUCAUGUGAGCAUGGACAUCAUCAUCAUAUAGUCGCUCCUUUUACCAUCAUGCCGGGUAAGAUCCAUGUUGGUUAGGUUCUAUAAAGGAUACGAUUAUAUGGGCGGCCGGGGAAAGUUUUGUGAAAUCUUUCGUGGUUUCGGUUGUUGUAACUUUAUGGAUCUUUAGAAUCCUAUCUUCAUGAAAAGGAUUUCAAGUCUCUUUCAGCA